AUGGCAGGGGGCUUUGGGGUCUCUGGAGUCAGCGGUGUGGCUGCAGUGAUGAAGAAGUCCAGAACCGCCACAUCUAGGAGGCCUCGACAAGGUCCUCAGAUGUUGUUGAAAGCUGCUGAUGCUUCGCCUCAUUCGUCGACUCCAUCAUCGGAAAGUUCAAAGGGGCAGUCUCAGUCUCCUGAUGUAAGCUCCGGCCCUGAUUCCAGCUUGAGGAGGAAAGAGAUGGAUCUGAACAACCUGGUUCCCAAGACCUCCAAGCAGACUAAGAGGUAUGAAGGGCCAACCCAAGGCUAUUUGGAUUCAACAAGGAGCAAGGAAGGCAUGCUGGCCCCUGCCAAUUGGAAGAGCAGUAGCAGGCAAAGAGAGAGUCCAUCUUCAGACAGUGGACGGGGGAACAGAGCUGAUGCUUCAGACGAUGCCGCGGCUGUGUCUGUAGAGAAUAGGCUCAGAAAGGUGAAGCUGAAGGUCGGUGGAGUUACCCGCACAAUUCAUGCAAAGUCCAAUACAGAGAGCACCAGAGGGAAGGCUUCAGAGAAGAGCAGAAGACUCCCCCGGAAACGGGCGCCAGAGAAGGCAUUUAGUGAGGAAGGAGAAGAAGAUGAUGAUUAUGAUCACGAAGAUGACGAGAUUCGAUACCUUGAGAGGCUCAGGGCAUCAAGGGCUUCUUCGAACAAUGGUUGGUCUAAAACCAGUGUGCCAGUGGGCAGCAAGAUGGAGAGGAAUGCCAAGUCAGCUAAGAGAGCUUACGAGGAAGGCAAGGACAUAUCUCUUUCUCGGCAAACAGAGGGCAGAAAGAAGCCAAGGUCAGGGAGGGACUCGGAAGAUGACAUGGAAGAGGAAGAAGCAGAGUCUGAUGCAGGCGAUGUUGAGGGAGAUGGGCAGGGGCAAGAGGCACUGGAUUCUUUGGCCGAUGGGAGGAGAGAAUUAUCCCUUACUACUCGACAAAGAGCCAUUCGUUUUGCUAAAGAUGGAUCUGGGGGAAGCAACACGAGCUUGAUUGAAUUCCCUAAUGGGUUGCCCGCAGCUCCUUCCAGAAGUAAGGGCUUCACUCCCCUGUCACGGAGCUUUCAUUGCUGGAAUUCCUCUCAUCAGUUGUAUUGGAGUAUCUUGAACUUAGAACUCAUCUUUUUUUGUUACAGAACAAAAGGAGAAGCUUUCUGAAGUUGAGCAGCAGUUGAAGAAGGCUGAAGCUGCCCAGAGACGUUCGCUGAAAGUAGAGAAGGCUGCCAGGGAAGCUGAGGUACUGCCACUACAACUACUACCGAGAAUAAUUCUUCCUGCAGAGUUGGGAACAGAACCCAAUUGGCCCACAUUCGUCGUAUUUCAUCGCCCCAUCCAAGCUACUUUCCCCCAGAUCAUCUUCCUUUCACAACCCUCAGUUGCCCGAUUUUCUUUAUUUAUUUAUUUAUUUUAUUAUUUUAUUCAAUUUUAUUUAGAGGGGGAAGGGGAAGGAGGCGAUCAUCAUCAUCUUCUUCUUCUUCUUCUUCUUCAAUUAAUGAUCACACGGUGAUUGAUGUGUUCAGGCCGAGGCGAUCAGGAAGAUUCUGGGCCAGGAUUCCAGCAGGAAGAAACGUGAAGAGAAGUUACAGAAGAAACGCGACGAGUUGGCACAGGUCCUUCUCAUCUCUCCACCCCCUCCUCCACCCCCGUGACGUUUCUUCACAUGCUGAUAAUCCAUCUGUUUGCCGCAAACACAGGAGAAAGCGGCCAGAUCCAUAGAACUCGCCGCGAACACGGUGAGGUGGGUCAUGGGACCCACCGGGACGAUUGUCACAUUCCCGGAGGCCGUCGGCCUCCCGAGCAUCUUCAGCUCCAAGCCAUGCGGGUUGGUGGUCUCCCUCUCCACAUUCAUUCCAGUCACAGAGAUAGCUCUCUUUCCGUUCGCAUCUUCUCUGCGGAUGAUGAUGAUGAUGAUGCUGCAGAUAUCCUCCGCCACGGGAGAAGUGUGCGGGCCCUUCGUGCUCCAACGCCUGCAAGUACCGAGACUCCAAGUCCAAUCUCCCCUUGUGCAGUCUCCAGUGCUACAGGGCCGUGCAGCGGAGAGAGCAGCCGCCGGUGCAGAGCUGUUGA